UCCUCUUCUCUGGUGACCUCGGUUUGGUGAUCUAUAGUAUUGCCGUCGUCAGCAUUGUCUGCUGAGAGAAGCAGAGAAGCAAGGCAUACAUGCUCAAGUACUUGUGUACGCGAGGCUUUGCUUCAUCAAUCAUAAUCAUCCUCCUCUGGGCUGCGGUUGCCCCUCACCUUCCUUCCUUUCCGCGCCUCUCCCUCAUUCACCUCGCAGACACCAACUCGCCAGCCGUUUGAGCAGUCGAGCAGCCGAUCAGCCGCCGGGGCGUCCUCCCUGCAUUAUUGUCUGAUUAUCUUCUUGCUGCAUUUGUUCCAUUCCAAAACAGACCAAUUUCUGCGGCCUAGUCCAGCCUGUCCAGGUGUUUUUGGAACCUGCCAGCUAGUCGAUUUUCCACUUUACGCGAUCGGCUCAAUCACGAAAGUUCGCGUCACCCACACUGCCACACCCGCUGCCACACCCACUCCCGCACCAGCCAGGAUUGCCUUUCCUGCUUCCACUUUAAACCCCGGCUCAUACCAGGUCCUGGGGACUCCACGCCGAACUCCUCCAGACUUCUGCUGCAACUGGCCUGUCUGCCAGUUGCUUGUUCGGUAAAGGCAAGGUAAGUCUCGGUGCAGCAGCAGCAGCAGCAGCAGGGCGAUCCUCCAAACCCCCCACCCAAGCUUCCCUCCUCCUUGUCGCGCUACCUUGAUUCCCUCCCGUCACACCUGCUUCGACCCAAUCAAGCCCUCACUCCCGACUCUUCCUUCUUCUGCCCUACCACCUCUCAGCUCGACUGCCCCGACCAACCCACCAACCAACCUGCCCUGCCCAACCUUAUCGCCAAUUGAAUUCGUGAGCCCUGGGUCACGAUCCCAAAGAAACGACUGUGAAGCAGGAUUGGCCUCUCGCCCUAUCAGGCUUCACGAACCUCGACAGCCGCCCGCCUAAACACCUGCGAGACGGGACCAAGACCACUGGUCGCACACCAUCUCGUCCUGCUUGUCACCUCGUACCAAUCCCAAUUUCCCAAUUUCCCGACACCACCGUACCACUAGUCCCGGCUGCUGGCGCUGCUCGUCGCAUGAAGCAUUAACCGCACCUGGCCUCGUUGACUUCGGCCACCCCCCUCUUGAGACCUCUCCAGUCACCUCGCGCCGAUCGACCACCACCGCCACCCCUUCUCGAGUACCACACGGCAGCCCGCACGCCAGCAACUUGGUGUAAUAAGACAAUACCCGCCCACACCUUCCACUCUCCUCCUGUCUGAGGCUCUUUCCCCUCUUUUCCUCUCUCUCCCAAUCUCAGUUUCUCAGUCUUAUUCCAGUCUGGUCCAUUCAAUCCUAGUGCGAAAAGACACCGGGUAGAAAGAAAACCUCUUGGUAGUCCGCGGCUCCACAAUCCCGGCCGAGAGUCGCUUCCUCACCGGGCAGAAGUUGAUCCCCUCUCAUUGGCUCCACACCGCCUGCGAGAAGCACAAUUCCGCCCCUCCGUCCUGACCUGUCAAUCACAUCGGCCAAUCUGCAGCUUGACGCUCCGACCUCCAAACCCUAUUCCACUGCCAUUGAGCUGGGAUCGGAAACUUGGACAUCACCAUCGCAUUGUCUGUCCACUUGGCGCCGGCAUCCGACUUCAAGCCUGCCUGGCCUGCCCGACCGUGUUUGUUUGUUUAUCGGCCAUCCACGGCCCCCUCUUUGCACGAUGGCAGCCGUCACACGUCAGCCGUUCGCGCCUCUUGACGGGACUCGACUGCAGAGCUUGACCAGCGCGAGGAACCAGCAAGCAUCACUGUCAUCUCCUGGGAAGCGCAAGGUCGCUGACUUCCUCAACGUUGACGAUUUCGAGAAUGUUGACCCUGCACUCCUGUUCUCCAAGAGGUCCAAGGCCGAUGGAUCCAGCAAGGACUUCUUCAAGCCGUCCUCGUUGAUCAUCACCAAGUCAUCAUCUUCUUCGGCACUGCAUAGCAGCAAGGAUGGUAUCUCUGCAACGGUGUUCAACAGCCCCAUGAAAGGCGCAUCGCCACGUCCGCGGUCCAUCCUAAACCCGAAGUCACCAGCCAAGAAGCUGAGCAGUCUCUCACGCGGCACCAGCAGCCCCAUGUCCGCCCCGGCAGGGCGCUCCCCGACCCGCGGUAACAAGCGCAUCGGCAUCCUCAACCGACGCCGAACCGGAACCUUCACCCGAAUCGAUCCGCCCGCAUUCAGCCUCUCGUCGACACCAUUCUCCCUCGAGGCUGCCAUUAAGGGUACAGUGCCAAGCUAUGCGGCGAAGACCAAUGCCCGCUCCGCCAAGUCGUCACUGUCACUGUCGAGCUCAGACGAUUUCUAUGGCUCCAAUGUGAAAUCGUCUUGGGAGUUCGACAUUCACGAGGACACGCCGGAGCAGGAGAUGACCAACCUCCUGCAGCACAGCACAUGUCGCCUUGAUAUCAGCAGCGAUGAGGAGUGCCAGCGCAAGGCGAGCCGUGAGAAGGCCGAGGGCCGGGGCAAGGAGAACGUCCCACCCGCAGACGAUGUUUCCCAAACCUCGGUGCGUAGAGCGACGACGACGAGCGAGGGCGGAAUGGAGUAUGAGAAACCGCGCACCGCCCUUGGCGAUCUGAACGUGGAAGACUUCUACGCCGAGGGCUGCGACCCGACGUCUGUAUUCAUUGUCCCGGAGGACGAGGACGAUGGCACAGUCGUUGAUGGGGAGCAGACACAGAAACCCCAGGGCGAGGGCCUGAACUCGGGAUCAUCGAGUCUCGGAAACCAGGCCACACUUGAUGAAGCCCCCGAGCCGGAGGAGGCGGAAGAGCCCGUCAAGCUGGCAACUCUUCAGCCCGUGGAGGGCACAGGCGAGAGCUUUGACCUGUGGGAGAGCUCUAGCGCCAAGGAGGAGGGCGACGGCGCACCCAGCCCAGUGCCCGCGUCUCCCGCUUCAAGUAGGGGCGACGAUUUUGGUGAUGAGGGCUGAAUGCUUGCUUCGUUCGACUGUACAUUGCUUGCGUUUGUUACUGUUUUCCAAGGAGUUGCCUCGGACAAGGCCAAGGGAGAGGCCAUUGGCGCACAUGGUUUCCUCGGGUGGUAUUUCAAGCGUUUGAUUUUGUGUCUCUUCACUCGGAAGAGUUGCUCUUUGCUGGUUCCCUCGGGUAUGGAUGGUCGGGUCAGGGUGGCUGGUUGGAUCGGAUUAGGUAGGAUAUGGUCAGGGAACGGGUUCAAGGCGUAUGAGUGAGUGGGUGAGGCGCAGACCUGCGCCAGUAAACGCUCCUUCGAUAGAGCCCCCAUAGUGGGCUUGCGCUGCCGUAAAUGGUAAUAGAGAUUUUGGUCAGAUUCAAA